UAAAUCGAACCAGCAUUAUAUAAUAUUCCCGCUACUAUAGCGUACAGAUGUGAAAUUCUCCUCUGAAAAUUAAAACACGGAAAAGUGAUUAUAUCUUUAAUUUAUGAUAUUACAAAAACAGGACGGUUGUAUUCUUUCUAAACUGGAGUGUGCUUAAUACUUCUUAUGUGGAUUUAAAUAAUCUUGUGCUAAAAUUAUAACGUAAAACUAUUUUGACGUUUAAUAUGGCUGUCUGUACAUAGAAAGUUCGUUAUUCGAUGUAUUGUUACGCUGUAAAAUAACUGCCAAAUAACAUAGCUGUCACACUGAAUCCGUUCCAUAACGUUUAUUAGAUGUUCAUUUAUUGGAUAUAUUGUAAAACGCUCCGUGAUAUAAAUAAAAUUUGCCGGUGUAUACCAUACCGAACAUCUGUGGCCGUUUUCUCAAGUAAAACUCAAUAUUAGUGCAUUGUUUUUAUUUUGUCUUAACAUUUUUAUUGGAUUCUUAGAUGGAAAUUUUCACUGAUUGUAGAGAGAUGAUAAUGUCAAAGCGCGUGUGCUCCUGAUGUUUUUACAAGUACUGCAACAGGAAAUAAAGAUAUAAAUGAUAGGAAAAGAGAAAUUAUUUGCUUCAGAGUGUUGUUAGAUAUUCUACAGUGAAAUAACGAAGUGAAAUUCCCUAAAGUAUGGAUUAUUUACAAAGGAUAUAUGCUUUUAUAUUUAUUUUAUGGAAUAUACGUACGUCGUAUGGUCAGUCAGACCUUUUCAGAGUUGCGGCGUUGUUUGAAGAUGGGUCGGAGUACGAGGGGAUGAGAUUAGCGUUCGUGAACGCUGUAACCAAGGUAAACAUGCACUCCGAGGUGGGUCCUGGUAGAAAUAUAAUCUAUGACAUGAAAACGAUUGCACCACAUGAUAGUUUUAAAGCAAACACAGACGUAUGCCGAGAGAUGAAAGCUCAUGGUGGUAUAGCAGCAGUUUUCGGACCAUUCAGUGAAAUAUCUCGUGCGCACGUGCAUUCACUCUGUAACGCAUUUGAGAUUCCACAUAUCCAGGCAAUAUGGGAUUCACGUGAACCACGUGAAUAUUUUUCAAUAAGCGUUUACCCGGACCACGAUGUCCUCAGUCAAGCGUUUGCAGAUAUAGUAAAACAUUGGGAAUGGAAAACGUUCACAGUCAUAUAUGAGGAUGGAGAAAGUCUUGUGCGUUUACACAAGUUACUAGAGGUAGCUAGAGGAGACGAGUAUAAAAUGACCAUACGUAGAUUAGAGAUAUAUCAACAUACGUAUAAAAGUAUGCUGAAAGAACUAAAGGAGAAACCUGAAUAUCGAAUCAUUAUAGACUGUCACGCCUCCAAGAUUAAAAAGUUUCUUGAAGAGGCUGACGAGUUGAAUAUGCUAUCCGCCUAUUACCACUUCCACUUCACAUCUUUGGACAUGUCAACGUUGGAUUUGGAUGAGUUCCGGCACAAAGGUGCUAACAUAACUUCCAUGCGUCUGAUUGACCCGAAUAACCCGGAUGUUAUGAGUAUAAUGGCUGAAUGGGGUAUCAUGGAAACAAACAAUCUUAGAUCUCCACUUCUUGGUAUGAGGGCAAUCAAGACGGAGACUGCGUUGAUGUAUGACGCGGUGUACAUGUAUGCACGUGCAUUGUCUGGUCUGGCGAACGCCCAGCAGAUCUCCACAGAGUCGUUAAACUGUAACAAACGAGAGAGCUGGAAGAAAGGAGACAGUCUGCUAAACUAUAUGAAAGCAUUAGCAUAUGAUGGUCUGUCAGGAAAGAUAGAAUUUAAGAAUGGAAAGCGAAAAGAGUUCCGGCUGGGCAUUGUUAGUCUUACAACUCAUGGUUUGAUCGAGAUAGGACACUGGACUCCGGACAAAGGUGUAAAUAUCACCGUCACCAUUACACAGCAGGUGCACGAUGACCGCGAGCGUCUAAGAAAUAUGACUUUAAGAGUUGUCACAAUUUAUGAUCCACCGUAUGUCAUAAAUCUGACAGAACCUAAUGAGCACGGGCGCAUGCACGAGGGAUUUAUUAUUGACCUUCUUGACGAACUGGCGAAGAUCCUAGGGUUUAACUAUACUAUAUAUGAAGAAUCUAAGAGGGAAUAUGGGAGUAAUGUUGACGGGAAAUGGAACGGCAUGAUUGGAGAUUUGAUCGAGAGAGACCGUGUUAAUAAAGCUGACAUUGCCGCCGCAGGUUUAACUAUUACAUAUGCACGCGCUAAAGUGGUCGACUUCACUAUGCCGUUCCUUAGUCUGGGUAUUACCAUCAUCUACCGUAAACCACUGAAAAGUCCCCCAGACCUCUUCUCCUUCCUCAAACCUUUAUCUGCUGAUGUCUGGAUUUAUAUGAUUGCUGCGUACCUUUGUGUCAGCUUUAUGCUGUUUGUAAUUGCAAGAUUUACACCAUAUGAAUGGGAAAAUCCACACCCAUGUAAUGAGGAGUCGGAAGAAGUGGAAAAUCAGUUUACAAUAUUAAACAGUCUGUGGUUUACGAUUGGUUCCCUUAUGCAGCAAGGUUGUGACAUCAUGCCCAAAGCUAUCUCAACAAGAACCGUUGCUAUCCUCUGGUGGUUUUUCGUUCUCAUCCUCGUGUCUUCUUAUACUGCCAAUCUCGCAGCUUUCCUUACCAUGUCUCGAAUGGCCGCCCCGGUUGAGAACGCCGACGAUCUGGCAAACCAGAAAGAUAUUCCAUAUGGGACACUAAAUAGUGGAUCAACGAGAAACUUCUUCAGGGUGAGAACACAUAACAUUGAGAUACGACACGAAACAUUUCCUACAAGUAUCUUUGACCGAAAAACAGAAAAUCGCUUGGGUUUAGAUUUUUGGACCAUACAAAAGUAUGAGAUUUUUUCUAUGUGUAUGACACAUAUUGAACGAUGUAAUUCAAAUAAUAUUUGAACGGACAAAAGCAACAUAACCCAAGAUUUUUUCCUAAACACGAGCACGGAACUCCUUUAAGUAGAGCAGUUGUUAGUAAGUAUAUAAGCAUAACGUUUCAAAUAAUUUUCCUCGUUUGACCUGACCUUAAACUUUCACCCCGUGUCUAGUCUAGUAUCGGACAUCUGGUCUGGAUGACAAGGUAGGUAUUUCUUUUUUUGAAGUGCGGCUCAAAAAUAACAAGAUCACCCUUAAUGGAAAAUAUAUGUACGUAUGUUCAACUGAACAAAUUUGAUUUUCAGAAUAAAAUGCAAAAUACUAGUAGCUCAAGGAGACAAUACUGUUAUAAAAUUAAAAGACAUAUUUUGUGAUGGUAUACUGAAUAUCAAAUUUAGGUAAUUGGUUAUAAAAAUUACACGAGUUCCAUGUUAAGGAAAUAGAGUCUUUCCAACUUUGAAGAGAUGAAGCGCUAUGUAAUUGAUGGAAGGUGAAGAAUAAGACUCCCGUAAACCAGUGUUCCUAACUCUAUACAGGGUAUAUAAAUGUCCAACUUAGAAAAAACAUUGCAAUAAGUGGCAUUAAACUCUAUAAUGCAGUGUAUUAUAUGCUUAAUGAGGGUCCAUCCGUCCUUUCAGGCACUGAGGGUACGGACCCUACUCUAUGAUGCAUUAGGCACGUAACAACUUUACUUUUUUGGUUUGUGUGAAUGCUUUUAUGUCCGUUUAAAGCGGCAUCUUCUUGCUCCAAGCAAUUUAUGAUUAUGCUAGUGGAAUGAUAUAAAAUAAUCAAGAUAUAUAUAUUCUAUAUUCUAGAAGCAUGUUGCGCAACUGCACGGGAAUCUCGUGUUAGCAUUGCAUGUAUAUGCACUUAAAUGCACUGGUCUAAUCUUAAUAAUAAUAUGUUUUUAGAACGGCGAAAAAUGAUCAUAAAGUUAUUUAGCUUUAUAAGAAAUACAAUUUAGUUAAUGAUACCGUAUAAAAUACGUAACCAUGUUUUUAUUUUUCCGUAAAUUUCAUAUUUUAAAUUAUAUAACUUCUAAACAAAUAUAUCUUUUACUAUUAUACAUUCCUUUCUUCACAAUUUCUUCCCAUAUAAAACAGUAGAGUGUAGAUUACGUAGACUUCACUCUGUAGAUUAUCCCUCAUUACAUACACUUUUUAACUCUGUUAUUAUAUACCAACUUUUUGUCUUGGUAUUCGAAUCAAUUUUUGGUUACGGACCGGGCUCCGAUGGUUUCCUUAUCUGAUUAUCACGAUAAAUUUGUUCAUGCUUACCUUAAACUUAAGUUCAUGAUGAGUUGAUUGUGUGGAGCAGUCCACCAUAUUUUUAAUCUAAAAAUCAUCUUUUAUUUAAAAAAAAGAACGUCUUCCGGUUUCAACCUAAUAGUUCAAGGGAGGAAAAUUCGACUGCGGAACUGUAGCUGCUCUUA